UCCCCAGAAGCUAAAAAUAAGUAAAGCCAAAGUCUCACCUUCAGUAUAGAAAAAUUAAAUUAUUUCUAUGCAAAAAACACACACAUAAUAUUUCUGUUUAUCUCCUCUCGACGAAAAGAGGGAACGAUUUCCCUAAUUAACCUCCGAUGUUAAUCUGAUCGGAGCUCUUGAAUUCUCACUUCGAUCCACCGAUUUCUUGAUUCAUACAUUCUUCAAAUUUCCUUUUUUUUGUAUUUUUUUGGUAUUUAAUCUGCGCAGAGGCGAAAAGUGAAUGGAGGAUUACCUGAGCGGCGAUGAAGAUAUAUAUUCUUCUGAUCAAGAAGACUCUUUGGAAGGACUCGAGAAUGAGGAGUCUGAUUCCCGGUGGGCCUCUUCUACAGGAAAUUCCUGCAAGGUAAUCACAAAGGAGUCUCUCUUGGUGGCACAGAGGGAAGAGUUGCGGAGAGUGAUGGACUUGCUCUCGCUAAAAGAACACCAUGCGAGAACGUUGCUCAUUCACUACCGUUGGGAUCUCGAGAGGUUGUUUGCAGUUCUUGUAGAAAAGGGAAAAGCUUGCUUAUUUGCUGAAGCAGGGGUAACUGUGCUUGAAGAAGUUAAUUUUGGAUCGUCUGUGUCUUCUUUGACGGCGAUGUGCAAUAUAUGCAUAGAAGAGGUAGCGGGGAGUGAUGUCACAAAAAUGGAUUGUGGUCACUGCUUCUGCAAUGAAUGUUGGACAGAGCAUUUCAUUGUGAAAAUAAAGGAGGGGCAGAGUAAGAGAAUAAGGUGCAUGGCUCAUAAAUGCUUUGCAAUUUGUGAUGAAGCCGUUAUCAGAAAGCUCGUUAGUAAAAGGCAUCCGGAUUUGGCAGAGAAAUUUGAUCGGUUUCUCCUUGAAUCAUACAUUGAGGACAAUAAAAUGGUGAAAUGGUGUCCAAGUACCCCUCAUUGUGGGAAUGCUAUACGGCUAGAGACUGAUGAUCUUUGUGAAGUUGAAUGUUCAUGUGGUUUACAGUUCUGUUUCAGUUGCUUAUCAGAAGCACAUUCACCUUGUUCUUGCUUGAUGUGGGAACUUUGGACCAAGAAGUGCCGAGAUGAAUCAGAGACAGUUAACUGGAUUACAGUUCACACUAAGCCUUGCCCAAAGUGUCACAAACCCGUUGAGAAGAAUGGAGGUUGCAACCUAGUUAGCUGCAUUUGUGGGCAAGCAUUUUGUUGGCUAUGUGGUGGAGCUACUGGCCGAGAUCAUACUUGGUCGUAUAUCACUGGUCACAGCUGUGGUCGUUAUAAGGAAGAUCAGGAGAAGAAAGCUGAACGGGCUAAGCGUGAUCUUUAUCGCUACAUGCAUUAUCACAAUCGUUAUAAAGCUCAUAUAGAUUCUUCUACACAGGAGUCUCGUCUGAGGGAUACUAUAAAAGAAAAGGUGGCAAUUUUGGAAGCAAAGGAGUCAAUAGCGAAAGAUUUUAGUUGGAUUACAAAUGGACUUUACAGGCUUUCCAGAUCAAGACGGGCUCUCUCGUUUUCAUACCCAUUUGCAUAUUAUAUGUUUGGUGAUGACUUAUUUAAGGAUGAAAUGACAAAAGAAGAAAGGGAAAUAAAACAGCAUUUAUUUGAGGACCAGCAGCAGCAGCUUGAGGCAAAUAUUGAAAAGCUAUCAAAAGCUUUUGAGGAGCCAUUUGAUGAUUUCAAAGCGGAAGAGAUUGCGGAAAUGAGGAUGCAAGUUAUAAAUCUCUCUGUGGUAACUGAUACACUAUGUAAGAAGAUGUACGAAUGCAUCGAGACUGAUUUAUUGGGAGCUCUAAAGUUCAGUUGUCCAAAUAUAGCUCCAUACAAGUCAAAGGGCAUUGAGAGAGCAACAGAGCUUAAUGGAGGACGGAGCACCAAAGCAAACAACAAUAUUACAUGUCAAAAAGCUCAUGACCAGACAAAUGGAGGUUCCAUAGAAUUGGUUCAGCCAUCAGGUUCUGGGACUUCAGAUGACAGUGGAUGCUCUUCAAGGAAGCGUCGAAGAACAGAGAAUUCAGGUGGUGCUUUUUUCGAUCUAAACUUGCCUGCCGAGCUCAUUGAUAGGAACUGACCCUGUUGAGUUGCUGAUUAAUUUGACAUAAGUGUACAGCUCUUAAAAAAAGGAAGGAAAAAAAAAGCUACUCAGAGAUUUGAAAUGAUAAUUCAGCGGGCGAUGCAUUUCACUGCGUCAUCCUAUUUUGUUCUAGAAAUUUUUUUAAGCCCUGUAAGAGGAUAAGAAUUACCUUAAAAAGUCCUUAGUUUUGGCUAAAGAUUUCAAAUGUAUAGCCUUUAUUUGGCUUCUUUUGGGUAGAUAGUUUGAUUAUUAUUUUUUUCUGGCCUUUCCAUCCCCCUCCUGUCAGUUCCUCUCGUUGUGCACUUUCCAGAAUGGGCAGUGCUCCCGUUGGACUUUUGGCUUCAUAUCCAUAAUGGUAAAUUAUUUGGUGAAAUUUCUACA